CCUCAACUCACAUUGGGAAAUUUCGGAACCUCAAUUCCUGGACCGAUCUCGCUCGCUUCGACGGCACAUCUCAUUGCUCGCUGCCCACCCUGCCCCCCGGUUGACGAUUGCCAGCACCGUUGCGGCCGCAGCGACGCCCGACAUGAAGAUCAAGGCCCUCAGCCGGUCCGUGGCGUCCCACCAGGCGCCCGGGUCCGACGUGGCCAAGCAGCCGCGCAACCUCGACUCGGCGCUGCACCCGUUCGAGCGCGCCCGCGAGUACCAGCGCGCCGUCAACGCCGUCAAGCUCGAGCGAAUGCAUGCCGCGCCGUUCGUCGCCCAGCUCGGCCGUGGGCACGUCGACGGCGUCUACUCCAUCGCCAAGGACCCCAAUUCGCUACAGCGCUUCGCCAGCGGGAGUGGCGACGGCGUCGUCAAGGUCUGGGACCUGACGGACAGGGACGAGGUCUGGCACACGAGCGCCCACGAGAACAUCGUCAAGGGUCUCGAGUGGACGCGCGACCAGAAGCUCCUGACGUGUGCCGCCGACCGCACCGUCAAGCUGUUCGAUCCGUACAACACGCCCAGCGAGGCCGCGCCCAUCUCGUCGUGGCUCGGAUCCGGCGCCUUUACCAGCCUGUCCCACCACCGCUCGAAGAACGCCUUCGCCGCCGCUUCCAGCGUCAUUUCUAUAUACGACCUCGAGAAGCACACCGCCGCGCCAGAAGUACUGCACUGGCCCACCUCGACCGACACCAUCACCAAUGUCGCCUUCAACUAUGUCGAGACGUCCGUCCUCGCCUCCUGCUCCACCGACCGCUCCGUCGUCAUCUACGACCUGCGCACCUCGACUCCCGUCACCAAGACCAUCCUCAACUUCGCCACCAACCGCAUCGCCUGGUCCCCCAUGGAGGCCUUCAAUCUCGCCACCGCCUCCGAGGACCACAACCUCUACCUCUUCGACAUGCGCCGCUUCGACCGCGCCCUCAACGUCCUCAAGGACCAUGUUGCCGCCGUCAUGGACGUCGAGUUCUCCCCCACCGGCGAGGAGCUCGUCUCCGCCUCGUGGGACCGCACUGUCCGCCUUUGGAAACGCGACCAGGGCCACUCCCGCGACAUCUACCACACCAAGCGCAUGCAGCGCGUCAUGGCCGCCCGCUGGACCCCCGACAACAAGUACAUCCUGUCCGGUUCCGAUGACGGCAACAUCCGCCUCUGGCGCGCAAACGCCUCGGAGCGCCAGGGUGUCAAGUCGGCCCGUCACCGCCAAGCACUCGAGUACAACGAGGCUCUCGUCAACCGCUACUCUCACAUGCCCGAGGUCCGCCGCAUCAAGCGCCAUCGCCACAUUCCCAAGGUCCUCAAGAAGGCCGCCGAGAUCAAGUCCCAGGAGAUCAAGAGCAUCAAGCGCAAGGAGGAGAACGAGCGCCGGCACACCAAGAAGCAGUUCGAGCGGCGCAAGAGCGAAAGACAAAAGAUGGUGCUGGCAAAGGAGAAAUAGAAAAAUCCCGGCUUGGUCUUUGCUUUUCUUGGCUGCAAAUCUGGUGAUACGCAUGGCACGGCGUUAAGGAUCGCAAUUUUUAUAUAGGAAGCCUUCGUGGGGCCCUUGAUAUCUGAACAGCACUUGCAGCUACUCGGUGGCGUAGUUGCUCGAGACACAGAAGAGGUAGUCAUACAUAAUGAUAUCGCAAAUUCUCG